GCCCCCACCCCCGCCAGCGACGACGACGCCACGCCCCCUCACUCGGCAGGGGGGCGGGGGUAGCGUGGGGGACCUCUGCGGGGGGCCGAGCCCUCCCGUGGCGAAAGCGAACCUCAACGUCGUUUCAGUCGCUGUGGGGUCACUCGCAGCGACCUCUCACGACUGUGUGGAUGUGGGGGGCCCGCCAAUCGCCUGUGUCCGUUGUUCCGCCUUCCUGUCCUCAAUCAGCCGCAUAGCGGACAACCCCAACGGCGACACGGUGUGGAGCUGCGAGUUUUGCGAGUGCCUCAACCUGCUCGACCUGCGCUACAACCCGGUACCCCCGCAGGGCGACGUCACCUUCAGGGGGGGCCCCCCCCACCCACCUCCUCCUCAUCCCGCUGAUGGCCACGAGAUCGUCGUCUUCUGCGUCGACGUGUCGGGGAGCAUGGGUGUGACGACAGAGGUGGAAGGAACUGGGGAUGGCUCUGGUGGAACACAGCAAGUGGUGCACGUGUCCAGACUGCAGUGGGUGCAGGAGGCUCUGGUGGCCACGUUGGAGCGGCUGUGCGAGCGCUCUCCAGAGACGCGCGUCGCUCUCAUCACCUUCAACCACGAGGUGGUGGUGCACGGUGACGCGUCUGGCCCCGCCCCCCCGGCUCUAGGCCCCGCCCUCCUGGGGGACCUCGCCGCUCUGCGGGCAGCCGGUGGAGUGAGCCCUGAGCCCGGGGCUCUGGGGGGCUCGCUUGGAGCACUCGCUCACCGCAUCUCCUGGCUCUCUGAGGGUGGCUCUACUGCGCUGGGCCCCGCCUGUGUGGUUGCCAUGGCGAUGGCGGCGCGAGUGCCAGGGUCAAAGGUGAUUGUGUGCACGGACGGGAGAGCGAACUCUGAGCUGGGAGACCUGGAGAGCAUUGACGAUGAUGAGGAGAUCUACACCUCCUCCAAGUGCUUCUACCACAGCCUGGGGGAGCAUGGUGCACGCACCGGGGUGGUGGUGUCCAUCGUGACGCUGGACGGUACCGACUGCCGCGUGGCUGAACUUGGCAGCGUCGCGGACCGCACAGGCGGCCGCGUGCUGCGCUGCCCCCCCCAGCAGCUCCGCUGGGCGUUCUCCGCGGUGGUGCUGGAGGAGGAGGAGGAGGGGGCGGGGGCGGUGGUGGCCGCCGUCGUCACGGCCACGCUGCUGCUCAGCUCGCACCUCAGGGCCAUCAACGAGGACGAGGAGCACGAGGGGCGUGGCCACGACGAGCUGGGGGUGGGGGAGGAGCGGGGGGCGAGGAGGAGGGGCAGCAGCACCGUGACGCGCCUCGUGGGAGGAGCCACCGCCGACACGGAGAUCACCUUCGAGUUCGAGGCCAGGCCGGGGCACGAGGCCGCGCUGUCCCAGGUGAAGGAGCUUCCCUUCCAGCUGCAGCUGAGCUUCACGCCCAUCCGUUGUCACGGCGGCAGCGGCGGUUGCUACGACAACGCGUCGGCGGCGACGACGACGACGCGGGUGGUCACGCGGUCCGUCCCGGUGACCGACUCGCGGCCCCUGGCGGAGGCCACGGCGCGGGGCCCGGUGCUGGCGGCCCACGCGGCCCGCCUGGGCGCGCGCCUGGCCCUGCAGGGCCGCCUCGGAGACGCGGCGGCCCUCGCCGGGGCCAACGAGCGCCUGCUGCGGCGGCUGGCGAGGCGAGGGGCUCACGCGCCCCUCCACUUCCUGUUGCUGGUGCUCCACUUCCUGUUUAGGCCCCUUCACUUCCUGUUGCUGGUGCUCCACUUCCUGUUUAGGCCCCACCACUUCCUGUUUCUGGUGCUCCACUUCCUGUUUAGGCCCCGCCACUUCCUGUUACUGGUGCUCCACUUCCUGUUUAGGCCCCUCCACUUCCUGUUGCUGGUGCUCCACUUCCUGUUUAGGCCCUGCCACUUCCUGUUGCUGGUGCUCCACUUCCUGUUAAGGCCCCUCCACUUCCUGUUGCUGGUGCUCCACUUCCUGUUAAGGCCCCUCCACUUCCUGUUGCUGGUGCUCCACUUCCUGUUUAGGCCCCGCCACUUCCUGUUGCUGGUGCUCCACUUCCUGUUUAGGCCCCGCCACUUUUAG